GUCGCUAAGUGAUUCUAAAAUUAGUUCGACAAACAGCAUUGUUACACAAUUUCCUAGAACAAAAGUUAUUCACGUUAUUUCAGGAAUCAUUUUAGUUGUUGAUUUACACCAGAAACACCUUCUUUUAUAAGACCAAAAAAUAAACUUUGGAACUUUAAAAUGGUGAGCGCUUCUGAUCUGCAUUGGUUUUUUAGCGUCCCCGUUGGUAUCACAAUAACAGUACUUGGAUUAUUAGGAAAUACUGUAUCAAUUUUUGUUUGGAAAAAACUGAUUAAUUUAAAGCUGCGUCAAAACCAAUCAACCGGGAUUUAUCUGAUUGCUUUAGGAAUCUGUGAUAGUGGACUACUCGUAUUUUUUUUGCUUUUUGACAGUCUACCCACAGCGUUUCCAUUUUUGAAAAACAAUUCUUACCAUUAUGCUGCUUUCUAUUCCUGGAUUGCUUUUCCAUUUUUUUUCAUAUUUUUAAUUGCUAGUAUUUGGUUGGUUGUGGGUGUGACCUUGAAUCGGUUUUUUAUGAUUGCACUCCCUGUGAAAGUAAAGAUGCUGUAUACCCCUGUCCGUACAUACAUAGGAAUUUUUGUGUUACUCGCAUUUUCUCUUCUUAUAAACAUCCCACAUUUUUUUAACUUCAAACCGCUAGAAGAAGAUAGUAAAUGGAAAAUCGAAAAAACGUUAUAUGGAAAGAGUAAAGCAGCUGAUAAUUAUGAGUUUUGGCUUCAUUGCAUAUUUCUAGUUUUGGCGCCUUGGAUUUGCAUUGCUGUUUUAAAUUCAAUCAUUUUAUAUAAACUUUCAAAGCAAGCUGAAAUAUCGAGGAAUACUAAAAACAGCCAGAAAUACGAAACAAAGUCAUGUAAAAUGCGUAAUCGCGAAAAUCAAAUGACACGAACCUUAUUGGUUAUUACAUUCUCGUUUCUCGUUUUACUUGCUUGGCAAUGCAUUUCACAAUGUUUUUGGAUGCAGUGGGAAUACAAAAAGGAAAAGCACUCUCGUGUUUGGGAAAUUGUGGAUAAAAACUUUGCUUUUGGAAAAUUGGGCGUUGUUAUAAACUCCUCAAUAAACUUCAUUUUGUAUUGCUUGACAGGAACAAUGUUUAGAAAAGAAUUCAAGAAAGUUUUUUGCUUUAAAAUAUCUAUUAAAGGCAAGUUGUUAGAAUCCAUUAAAGAUAGGAGUUCAUCAUUUGGGCACUCGUCAACAACCAAAGUUACAACAAUAAUUGAAAAUUGUGAAACAACCAAGGUUUAAUCAAGAUCUUUUGUUAGAAAAUUAUUUGAUGCGUGACAUAAGGAUGAUGCCUUAACUUACAUUGAAGUUAUACGUGAUGGCGUUUCUAUGUUUUUCUUUUAACUAUA